AUGGCCACAGCAGCACAACCCCUAUCCGGUGCGGCCGAAGGCAAGCCUCACGCCGACUCGAUCUCGUCACACGACCUCGAGCACGAUGAGGAGCGUAUCCAUGGCUACAGCAUCCGUGCCCAGCUCGAGGGCUGGCACGCAAACCGUGGCUCGAAAAGCAUCGCUCGCGCCAUCAUACCCCCUUGGUGCCCCGAGAAAAGCGAGCCCACGGAGCUCAACCCUCUCAAGUUUCUCAAGGAGCUCACCUGGCUUAACUGGGCCUUGUUCUUGUGCGGAUGGUGGGCGUGGACAUGCGACGGCUUCGACUACUUCGCCGUAUCCGUUACUCUCACCGAACUCGGCAAGGUCUUCGGCAAGAGCGACUCACAGAUGAGCUUCGCUAUCACGCUCACGCUGCUCUUCCGCUCGCUCGGCGCCCUCAUCUUCGGCGUCCUCGCGGACCGCUUCGGGCGCAAGUGGACGCUCACGGCGAACAUGCUUAUCAUCGCUGCCCUGCAGCUCGGCUCGGGCUUCGUCACCAAUUACUCCCAGUUUCUUGGUGUUCGCUCUGCCUUCGGUAUCGCGAUGGGUGGCGUCUGGGGACAGGCUGCAGCCACGUCGCUGGAGAAUGUCCCCGCCGCCUCGCGUGGCUUCUUCUCCGGCAUUGUCCAGCAAGGCUACACUAUCGGGUACCUUCUCGCGGCUGUUAUCAACAUGACGGUCGGUACGUACUCCGCACCAAAGUGGCGCUCGCUAUACUUCAUCGGCGCGGGCUUCUCGGCAGCGGCAGCCAUCUUCAGGAUGUGCCUCCCUGAAUCGCAGCAGUUCCUGCGCGCGCGCGAGGAGCAGAAGGCUUCCGGGGUCAGCCUCAGCGGCAAGGAAGCGGCACGCCAGUUCUUCCGUGAAGUUGGGCACAUGCUUCGCUCCAACUGGAUCCGUUGCAUCUGGGCGAUCUGCAUCAUGACCGGAAUGAACUUCUUCUCGCACGGCUCACAGGAUCUCUACCCGACGUACCUCACCAAAACCAAGGGUCUGAACAAACACAACGAGAGCGUCGCGGUCAUCAUCGCCAACUGCGGCGCCAUCGCCGGCGGCCUCUUUGGCGGCUACAUCUCCCAGAUCAUUGGUCGCCGUUGGGCCCUCAUCUUACUUUGCCUCUGGACGGCCCCCUGGAUCCCUCUGUGGAUCAUUCCCGACUCGUUUGGCGGCCUGGCUGCCGGAGGGUUCUUUGUUCAGUCCGGUGUGCAGGGCGCUUGGGGGGUCAUCCCGAUCUACCUCUCUGAGGUCUCGCCGCCCGCGUUCCGCGCAUCCUUCGCGGGCCUCGCAUACCAGCUCGGCAACAUGGCUUCGGCGGGUGCCGCGCAGAUCGAGGCCGACGCCGGUCACCACCUCCGCACCAUCGUCAAAGGAAAGGAACUGCCCGACUAUGCCACCAUCUUUGGCAUUCUCCUCGGUGUCAUCAUCGCCUACUUGCUUAUCACGACCCUUCUUGGUCCCGAUGCCGACGCUUCGAACUUUGAGGAGGCCAAGGUCGCAACGCAGGCUGGCGCUGGCAACACUGUUGCGGCUCAGCGCACGGGGCGGCGGUGGGACACGCCAAGGAGACGGGCCAGCAUAUUGAAAAGCGUGCUGAGGUAG